CUCUCAAACUUGGAUUCAUUUUCUUCUUUCUUUUCUUCAAUGGCACUGAACGAAAAAUCCAAAACCAAUUCGGAAACCCUAAUUCCAUCUUCAACCAACACAAUCACCAGAGCAAGACCUUCAGCCACCGACGAAUUCGGCCGAUCAACUGCAAAAAUCGCGGUGGCGCAGCUAUGUGAAGCCACCGGUUUCCACGCCGUCAAAGAUUCAGCUCUCGAAUCCUUCUCCGAUAUCGUAAUCCGUUACUUAAUCGAUUUCAGCAAAACUGCGAAAUUCUACUCCAACCUCGCCGGAAGAUCACAAUGCACCGUAUUCGAUUUGUUACGAGCUUGGGAAGAUUUACAAGCGCCUCUAGGGUUUUCGAACGGUAUGAAGGAAAUUAUGAAUUACGCUGAAUCUAUGCCUGAAACUCCGUUUGCUCAACCCAUUCCUAAUUUUCCGGUGAUUCGUGAACGGAAAAUUAUUCCGAGUUUCAUACAAAUGGGUGAAACUCCACCGGGGAAGCAUAUUCCGGCGUGGUUGCCGGCUUUACCUGAUCCUCAUACUUACAUUCAUACGCCGGUUUGGGAUGAAAGAGUUUCUGAUCCGCGUGAGGAUAAGGUUGAACAAGCUAGACAGCGUAGAAAGGCUGAGAGAUCGUUGUUGAAUUUGCAGAAGCGCUUGUUGCUUUGUAAUGGUAACCGGAAUCGAAACGAAUCCACUGAAACAACAACUACAGGAAGUGAUCCUGAUGAAGAUGUUGCUCCAGCUGUUUUGCCGGUGAAGCUACCGAUUGUUGAUGGAGACCGAGUUUCGGUGUUGGAGGCAUUCGCACCUGCAAUUGAGAAGCUAGGGGGUGGUGGUGUUUUAUGUGAUGAUGAUGAUGAGAUUGACGGAGAAAAGACUGUUAUUCCCGCUGCUACUGCAAGACCUACUGUGCAUUUCAAGUUCAAAUCUGGGAAGAAGUUUAUUGGAGAGUCUUUGGAUGAUAGAAAUAAGAAGAGGGAUGCUUUGCACACUAUAUUUUUGGUUGGUAGAGAAGAUGAAAGAGAUGAUAAGAAAAGGAGGGCUGAGUAUAUUCUUAGACAGUCUAUGGAGAAUCGACAAGAACUCACUCUUUUGUAGGUUCUGAGGCUGAAGUUACGGGCUUUCCGAUGUUCUGGCCUGGUCGGCACCAAAUUGACCGGCUCAGUUCUACGGUGAGCUAAAGGUUUGGAUCAGAAAGAAAGAAGGGAAGUUAUACUUAGCUGAAAGUUCUCUAGUUCCAUGUUACACAUAUGGAGCUGCCUCAGAUAAGCACCUUAAAAAAAGCGUACAAUCAAAAUUGAAAAGCCCAAAAUGGUCAACACAAAUACAUUUAUACAAGCACAAGAAAGAAAUCUGUUUGCCUCAACAUGCAUUGAAGCACCUUGCUGGAAUUGAGUGUGACUCAAUCUGAUAGGUGAGGGAGAAAUGAUCACAAUCGUGGAAGAACGACUUUGUUGCUGCCUAAUGGUGUAGCUGAACAGUUUAAUGCUGUUCCAGGCCGGUGAUAAACUUAAGAGCAAAUACUUCAGUGCCCCAAACACAAUGGAGUCACCUUAGUGAAGUCAGAGUGAGUACUCUUAUAGGAAAUUGUUUACCCUAAAAAGGCUUCCUGAGAAGACUGUAGAGAAGCAUAGAACUGACAGUGAUCAGGAAUGAUUUUCCUUUUUGUUUAUGGAGAACCAAGCUACUCUCAAACAACAUAUGGGAAGGUUGACAGAAAGCUUUAUCACUUCCUUGAGCUAACUUUCCUCUUGGAGAAUUACAUACAGAUCCAUAUAUUGUGUUUGCAAUACUAAUGCUAUGUUUGGUUCCAUGUUCAGAUCCCUCAUACGUGUGUUUAGGAUCUUGUAAUGUGAUUUGAUGGUAAAGAAUGAUGUUUGGCUUUUCACAAAGAUGAAUUGAUUUUGGACUUGUAUGCCCGUUAACCUGAAGCUUUAACUACUAGCUUCUGUGGUCAGACAAAAUCAAUUCUCAACUAUAUACAUAGUAGAGUUGGAGAUUACUUUCUGUUCAUUCAUCUCAAAAAGUAUUGGUGGAAUAUUGUUUUGUGAUAUAAUUCUAAUAUUAUUUUUUCGAUUAGAUUCAGUUUUUAUAAUAGAAUUCUUAUAGGCCUAAA